AGCAGAAAAUAUCUGGAAAUCAUCAACAUGUCAUAACUUGUCACUAUAACCACAUCUGGAAAACUUAGAGAACACACUGCUGUUCAUCCUGCUAUUGUUUGUUGACCUCGUCAUAAAAUGGAAAGAUCCGAUCAAAAGACUGAGUGUUUUCAAGUUAGUAGAAGGACGGCUAAAUCUACAUCUGUGUCUGGGAGUAGCACCCACGGGUCGACAUCACUGGCAGACUACCUAGGAGUAGAAAUAGAUCAGCGUAUUUUGAACAUGUUUCUUGAUGACGAUACAGAGCUGGAGGUCUCCAUUCCUAAAUUCUUUAAGUUUUUGGAGAAGUUUGGAAUUCAUCCAUUGACAGAUCCGAGGUUCACCGAUGUUAUUUCAUUGUUAAAAGCGACUAAACAUGAUGAAUCGGAGCAGCUUAAUGAUUCCAGUCAGUUCCCUGAGACUCUAGAGAUUGAAGAAUUUUACAGGUGUAUUCGACCGAACCUCUCAUUUCUUAACAAGAUAUUUGCUGGCAACUUGAUCAUUUCAGAGUGGCUGUCGUUUGCUACUGAGUGUGAGAAAAUAUACAAUCAAAUGCUUGAAAACAACGAAGGACAAGUGUAUAGCAAGUUACCCAACUUGUUUUUAAAAGGACAGGAAGGAGCGUUUAAUGUCAGCAUAUGUACAGUUGACGGACAGAUGUUAUCAUUUGGCGAAGACAAAAGACACAUCCCACUGUGUGCUAGUGUAUUACCCCUGUUGUAUGGAAUUGCAGUGACUAAGUUUACCAGUAGCUAUGUUCACCAGUUCAUUGGAAAAGAAACCCAACCAAUUGAUGGCAGUUUCCAACUUGGACCAGGAGGUAAGCCCUACAACCCACUCACGGACGCAGGAGGAAUAGUUCUGACAGAUAUUCUGUGUGAAGACAAGUCUACCAGCGAAUCAUUCGAGCACUUGUACACUAAGAUAAGAAGUUUCACAGGCGAGGAAGCGGGGGUUGGUUUCAGUAACUCGUUCUGUCUCAGCAUGUUAAACAAUAACAAUGAACUGUACGGUAUUGGACACCACCUCAGAGAAAGAAGCUCUCUACCACACAGUGAUAGACUGGAUAGCACGGUGGAGAUGUACAUGCAUCUCAACUCUAUCAAUGUGGGAACUGAUGCAGGCUCUAUUAUUGCAGCUACUCUCGCUUCUGGGGGUGUGUGCCCACUUAAUUAUAAGAAGGUAAUUUCCCCGAAUUCAGUGAGGGAUACUCUGAGUCUCAUGAUGUCUUGUGGAAUGAAUGACUACUCUGGUGCCUAUGCCUUUGAGGUUGGUUUACCAUCUAAGAGUAACGUUGCGGGGCUCAUGAUGGUUGUUGUUCCAAAUGUCAUGGGCAUGUGCAUAUUCUCGCCACAGCUAAAUAGUACUAACAACAGUGUUAAAGGUGUUCAAUUUUGCAAGAAGUUUAUUGAGCGCUUCAGAUUUCACCUAUUUGAAAGGAACUUGAAAAAGAAUGAUGACAAGCUCAAUCCUACUAUAAGCAAACUUGGAGAAACUAAAGAGCAGCAAAUGAUGUCUCUUCUCUUUGCUGCAGUUACAGGGAACAUGAGCCAACUCUACCGAUACCAUGCAGAUAAUAUUGACUUUAAUUGGAGUGACUAUGAUGGUAGGACAGCUCUCCAUCUAGCUGUUUGUGGAGAGCAAAUGGAUGUGGUGGUGUUUCUAGUGAAGCAGUGCAAAGUGAACGUUAAUCCUACAGACAGAUGGGAAACGAGUCCAGUGGAUGAUGCCAGGAAACUACAAAACUUUUCCAUAUGCAACUUUCUAAGAAAAAACGGGGGCUUGACUUUUGGCGAAAUGGAUGCAAACUUAGACUUUUAAAAAGAAACAAAAUAAUGUUCGCAAACUCUCCAUUUGUACAGUAGAUAAACUUAUGUUUAUAUUUACAUUACAUAAUUAUUGUGCAUUAACAGUAAUGAAGUUUUAUUGAAUAUUAUAAAUUUAAAUUAUUUACAAAGUAGCAAAUAUAUAGCAAAUUGAACAAACAUAUCAAAUCGGCCGUAGUACAUUCAUUUGAUCUAUACUGUACUCUAGUGACAGAGUGUAUUUCAGUAUGCACUUUAGGUCAUUCCUUAGGUCAUUCUGCACCAAAAUCAUCUAGAUACACUAGAUAUUAUAGUCCUAAUCCUGCAGAGCAAAAUUUAGUUAAAAAUAUCCGCAAAAGCCAUAUUUAAUAUUUAUGUACAGGUUAUGAUGCAUCAUAAGGUUUACAGUUCUUUGUUUUAAAGAUAUUGACAAAAACUGUUUGUUUGCUUAAAUAGUGAGCC